UGAGAAAAGCGCGCAUAAACAGUCAAGUGUGUGUGUGUGUGCAAUGGAUGAGGUCCUGACGAGGCCCGGCAGAGAGGAUGGCUAUGGCGAUCGCGUCAGCAAGAUCAAGAGUGAUCUUGUCUUCUGGUCCAUCGUCGACGGCGCCCUCGUGAUCACGAUUCUCUGCGGCAACACACUCACAAUCCUCGCCAUUCGCUUCAGCCGACGCCUGCGGAGCGCCAUCUCCAAUCUCUUCGUCCUCUCGCUGGCCAUCUCAGACAUCGUGGUGGGCUUCACCCUGCCCUACCACCUGGCCUUCUACGUGGGCUCCUCGCUGGGCAAGGUGGAGAUCUGGUGUCUCCUGCGCUUCUUCCUCAUCAUCCUCGCCUGCUGCACGUCCAUCUGGAACCUCAUCGCCAUCGCCGUGGAUCGCUACAUCGCCAUCAUUUACCCUCUGCACUACACCAGGUACAUGACGAAGAAAGUGGCGCUGCUUCUGCUGAGCAUCGGCUGGAUGCUGGGCAUCCUUAUAGCCACUGUUCCUCUGUUCUGGAACAACUGGAGCACGGCGAGUGAGUGCGAAUUCGACGAGAUCCUGAAGCCUUGGUACAUGGCAGGAGUCAUAACUCCUGUCUUCUCAAUGGUCUGGCUAUGUCUCCUCAUAGUCUACAGUCGCAUUUACCGCGAGGCUUCGAAGCAAGUGAAGCAAAUGCGCUCCUCUGCCUCCAAUCUCAACCAAGUUCCCUCGGAUUGGAAGUCAGUUCAGGUUGUUCUCCUGAUUCUGGGAUGUUUCUCCAUUUGCUGGCUGCCCUAUUUUGCCAUCGCCACAUCGCAAAUCUUCAGAAUGCUGAAUCACAGUUCGGCAACACUGUACAAAGGCGCCUUCUCACUGGCCAUGGCCAAUUCCGGCAUGAAUCCCCUCAUCUAUGCGUGGAAGAAUCGCAACUUCCGGAAGGCUUUCAGCAAUCUUCUGCGCUGCAAAAAUCCCGACUCCUUCACACCAAUCGACAACAACACCGCAGUUCACAACAGAUCACGCAAAACAUCAGCCGACGGCCAGGAAAGUCCUCCGGAAGUCACUGCAGCGUCGCCAAAGACGGACAACCGCCAGGAAGUGGAGGAUGAUCCUGAGAUUCACAACAAGAGCGCCAGAAGCAGCUACGAUGCCCAGAGUUCGGACACCAUGACGACGCACUUGAGCAAAUUCAGCACCUCAACGAGCGCCUCCUGAACAUUCCCGCGCGCCCUUCUUCUGGUGCAAUUUCCACCACAAUCAUCGAAGUGAUGCGGCUAUUUUUCGCGCCACAGCGCGUGCAUCCUCUUCAAGACACCAACAGAGAGAGAGCAUCGCAACGUGCUGUUUUAAUCUUUCUCCCACACAUAAUGCAGGAUGAAUGCGAAAAACACUUUCAAUCAAUAUUUUAAAUGCUACAUUGCCAAAUAGAUAAGAUGCAUUCGCAUAUAUAUUGUGAAAAGUUGUGCCGCUUGAGAGAGUUCAAUGUGAAGCUUCACUUUGCCUCUUCAUUCAACAUCUCUCCAUCUCUCUCUUUCUCUCUUUCUCUCUUUCUUCUUACGAAAUAUAGACAAAGUUUAAGUACAAAAUGAUGAGAUUUUUCAUUUUUUCUUCUUCCCCUCCUCAAGAGGCGCAAUUGAUUUGAAGAAACAGCAAAUAAUGAGUCAGUGUUCAGAAAGGGUCAAUCAUUGUUGAAUUGAGAGAUUAUUUG